ACGCGAUCAUCUGAAAAAGUAAAUGCCUGUUGAUGGCGUUGGCGCGAAGACGAGAAAAUAAAUAAUUUAGACUUGAGAGUUAAGAGAGAGAGAGGCGAAGAGGCGAGGCAGGUGAAGGAGAAUUCUCCUCUCUUUCUCAGAUUUCCUUUUACGUUCGUUGAAAUGGUAACACGAAAAUCCAUAGAAAUUUCCUUUCUUCUCUUUCCUGACGCUGAUCCUACUUAUUUCUUCCGUUUUCGCCGCGGAAAACGACCCACAAACCUUCCCUCAAUUGCUUCCGUUUCAAGCUUCAUCGCUGAAUAUCUUGAAUCUCUGGAACGAAUCCCUUCCCAGCAGGCUUUUAGCUAUGGGCACUCUCAUGUCUGAGAUUAACUUGAAGGAUUUUUUUAUUCCAAACUAUAUUUUAUCCAUUGGAUCGGAGAUGGAAAAAGUUAGCCAUCUACCUGUCUGUCCAGUUGUUGUUUUUAUUAACUCGAAAAGUGGCGGUCAGCUUGGCGGCGAUAUCCUUGUCAGAUACCGUGCUCUUCUCAAUAAGAAUCAGGUUUUUGAUCUGGGAGAGAAUGUCCCUGACAAGGUGCUACAUCAACUUUAUAAUAACCUUGGUUUGCUCAAGGACAGGGGAGAUCUUUUGGCUGCUCAUAUCGAGAAGAAUCUUAGACUAAUUGUUGCAGGUGGAGAUGGUACAGCAAGCUGGCUUCUUGGAGUAGUUUCUGAUAUGAAACUCCCUCAUCCACCUUCAAUUGCUACUGUGCCAUUGGGAACUGGGAACAACCUUCACUUUUCCUUUGGCUGGGGAAAGAAAAAUCCUGCCACAAACUGCCAAUCCGUUGAAUCAUUCUUGAGUCAAGUAAGGAGUGCAAGAGAAAUGAGGAUCGAUAGCUGGCAUAUACACAUGAAAAUGCGAGGUCCAAAGGAAGGUUCUUCUGAUUCCAUUACACGUCUUGAACUGCCCCACUCUCUGCAUGCAUUCCAUCAGGACAGUUGGAACGUAUUUCGUGGUGGAUUUUGGAACUACUUCAGUAUUGGAAUGGAUGCUCAGGUAUCUUAUGCUUUUCACUCCGAGAGAAAGUUGCACCCUGAAAAUUUUAAGAAUCAAUCGACUAAUCAGAAAACAUAUUUGAAGAUUGCUUGUAAACAAGGAUGGUUUAUUUCUCCUUUAUGUCAUCCUACUUCCAGGAAUGUAGCAAAUCUUGCAACGCUAAAGAUUAUGAGGAGGGAAGGUCAUUGGGAGGACCUCGUGAUUCCUCCUAGUAUCAGAUCUAUUAUAUGUCUUAACUUGCCAAGUUUUUCUGGUGGACUUGAUCCUUGGGGAGAUCCAAGCAAAAAUAAAUCACGCGAUAGAGAUCUAACUCCUUCAUAUGUGGAUGACGGGCUUAUUGAGAUUGUUGGAUUUAGAAACGCUUGGCACGGGCUCGUCCUACUAACUCCAAAUGGACAUGGAACUUGUCUCGGUCAGGCGAAAAGGGUUCACUUCGAGUUUCAUAAAGGUGCAAUUAACCAUGCUUACAUGAGAAUUGAUGGGGAGCCAUGGAAACAACCCCUUUCUGUGGACGAUGACAAAGUGGUCAUAGAAAUUAGUCAUUCCGGUCGAGUCAACAUGCUCGCCAACCUACCUUGCCGAGCCAAAAGCGUGCAUGACCCUUGUUCGACCGUUAGUUACGACGACGACAAAGAAGCUUAUAAUGGGGAUGAGGACGAAGUUGCAGAACAUCACGAGAUGCUAAGGAAGUUCGGUGCAGCUUCUACCUUUAAGUUUGAGGACACCAUUGAAAUAGUUCAUCACAACUUGAACUAGGUACUGACAUCUUUGCUUUUACUGUUUUUUUUUUUUUUUUUGGUGUAAAUGUAUCAGAAUCCUUUGACAUGAUUGAUGAAUAAAAUAGUUACUUCAGCUCUAA